AAAAGUUAUGAUAAUAGUAAAAACAAAAAAUCUUUAUUAGACGCAUUAUAUUAUAUAUGGGUUCUUGGAAAAGAUGAAAAAUUUCUUUUAGAGAAUAAAUAUACUAAAAAAAGAAUCGAAGAAACUAAUACUCUAACAAAAGAAUUAAUUAAUUAUCUAUACGAAGAACAACCAAGAAAAAAAACAAAUAUUUCAACAUAUAGGCUUAAAAAAGAUAAAAUAUAUAAACCUUUAAAAGGAUAUCCUUUUAGUACAUUAUCAGAAAUGAUAGGAUAUUAUAAAACUGAAGAGGAAAAAAAAGAUUUUUUAAAACUAACAGUUGAAGUAUUAGUAAAUGGAAAUAUCGAUAUUGAUGAUAUAGAAGAUGAAUCUAUUAAAAACAU